AUGGUGUCCCUCUGGGUUCUGGGGCUGCUCUGCCUAUCGGCUCUGCACAGUCACCUAAGGCUCUCCCCAGCACAUGCCAUGGAGCAAAAACGUCUCUUCUUAGACAAAGAUGGGAAGCUGAAGGACCUGAAAGGUGCUGAAGAUGGAGAGUCUGCUCUGCUGGGAGCUAUUGCACCCAUGCCAAAUCCAGAGCUGGCCCAGGUCACCCAGGACAACUUGCAGGGGUUUGAUGGACCUGUGUUACCCUUCCCUACCACCCUGCCAGGCCCAGGGAAUGACUGGAACCCAGAUGAUAAAGUCUUAGCUGAAACUGUGGGAUGUGAGGAACAGCAGCCAUCUGGGGAAAUUGCCUCUUCUGAAGAGGAAGGAGAGGCUGAAGAUAACAGCUGUGAGAUGACUUUGAAGAGGAGCUGGAGGCUAGCAGAUGGCUUGAUGAGAUUCAGCAUUGAUCUCCUGAGAGAGGUCCAGCUGGAGUCCAACAGCACCAACGUGAUCCUGUCACCCCUCAGCAUUGCCCUCGCCCUGUCUCACCUGGCACUGGGAGCAGCAAAUGAGACACAGAAGCAUUUGCUGGAGGUGAUGCAUCUGGAGUCGGUGCCCUGUCUCCACCACAUGCUGGGCAGCCUUCGUAGCAGGCUCACAGAAUCCACCCUCAGCCUUGCCUCACGUCUGUACCUACAGAAAGGAUUUGAGGUCAAAGAGAAGUUCCUGGAGGAUUCAGAGAAAUUCUAUGGAGCAAAGCCUGUGACCCUUUCUGGGAUCAGUAAGGACGACCUCAUAGCCAUAAACAAGUGGGUAAAGGAAGCAACUAAUGGACAAAUACCCACAUUCCUGCAGCAGCUCCCUGCAAACACAGUGAUGCUCUUGCUCAAUGCAAUCCAUUUCCAUGGGUUUUGGAGGAAUAAGUUUGAUGCUAGCUUCACUGGGCCAGAUGUAUUCCACCUUGACGAUGACUUUGUAGUCCCAGUUGAGAUGAUGAAAGCCCAGAGGUACUCCUUGAGCUGGUUUACACUGGAGUCCCAGGACAUUCAGGUGGCCAAGUUUCCUUUUAAAAGUAACAUGAGUUUUGUGGUCAUUGUACCAAACCAGUAUACUUGGAAUACCCCUCAUGUGCUGGAGAACUUCCCUUAUAAACAGCUGUGCAGGCUUUUUCCCAGAGAGGUACCCACCACAGUGAAGAUCCCCAAAAUAAAAUUGGACUACCAGCUGGAACUCAACAAGGUUCUCAGUCAAAUGGGCCUCCAGGAGCUCUUCACAAGCCCAGAUCUUCAGAAGAUCACAGAUGAGCCUCUCCUUGUCUCCAGCAUUCAGCAUCAGUCUACCUUGGAGCUUAAGGAAGAUGGGGUGGAAGCAUCUGCUGCUACCAGUGUUGCAAUCUCGCGCUCAGUCUCUGCCUUCAGCCUCGACCGCCCCUUUGUCUUCAUUAUCUUUGAAGAUGAAACAGGCAUCCCCCUUUUUAUAGGCAGUGUCCAGAACCCUAACCCCAAUGCUGCUCCCCAGAUAAAGGACCCAUGGGACUCACAUGAAGCAGCAGAUGUCAAUGAGCACCCCAUGCCCAAAUAA